GUCACUGGCACACUGCGGUGGUCUCUCCUCCUCUCCGUCUGUUUGUCUGUCCAUCUGGCUCUGGAAGCAUCAGCAGCCUCCUAGUUCAGCAGGACUCACUGAGGCCCUUGCCCAAGGCCUGUAUCAGUCACAGCAGACGCACCCUGCCGACAGGGCCCCCCUGUUUUAAAGUCCCAGGAUCUGGCACUAACAAAGAAAGAGAGGGAAAAUGCAGAACAUAACAACAGGAACGACGGGAGGGAUGGAUCUGACGUGCGGCAUGUCUGGAAGCCACAAGCUGAUCUUCACCCUGGUACCCAUCGUCUACGGCUGCAUCUUUGUCAUAGGAAUUGUGGGAAACAGUAUGGUGGUGGCUGUCAUCUACUGCUACAUGAAGCUCAAGACUGUGGCCAACAUUUUUGUGCUCAAUCUGGCCGUGUCUGACCUCACCUUCCUCAUCACUCUGCCCAUGUGGGCAACCUUCACAGCCACUGGCUACCACUGGCCCUUUGGAGGAUUCCUGUGCAAGGCCAGCGCAGGCCUUGCGAUAUUCAACUUCUACACCAGCAUAUUCUUUCUCACCGCACUCAGCAUCGACCGCUACCUCGCCAUCGUUCACCCUGUGCAGUCGCGCAGGUUUCGCACUGUGGUGUACGCCCGCGUCACCUGUGUGGUGAUCUGGCUUUUUGCCUUUCUGCUCAGCGUUCCCAUAGCACUGACCAGAGACGUCCACGUGUUUGGCAACUUUAACAACACCGUCUGCGGCAUCCUGCACCCAAGCAUCGAAAACACAAAGAUGUUAGACGACCUCCUGUUGGCCAUCAGCCUCAUGAAGAGCCUGCUUGGCUUCCUCAUACCCUUCAUCAUCAUCAUCACCUGCUACUGUCUCAUUGGACGGGCGCUGCUAGGGGCGAGACACAUCCAGAGAAGCUCCCGUUCCCGUGACGACGAAGUGCUGCGCAUGCUCGCAGCUGCCGUCUUGGCCUUUUUCUUGUGUUGGGUGCCACAUCAGGUGUUCAACUUCAUGCAGAUGCUCACCCAGGUGGUGUUUGAAGACAACUGCACCAUCCUGGAAAUCAUCGACACCGCCAUACCCUUCACUAUCUGCAUCGCCUACUUCAACAGCUGCGUCAACCCAAUAGUGUAUGGCUUUGUGGGGAACAACUUUCGCAAGAACUUACUGCGUCUGUUGUGCUGCUUGCCACGAGGAGCGACGCCUCACCCAAGCAUCAGCUCCAAGAUGAGCACCUUCUCUUUUCGGGCCUCUGAGGCUUUAAGCCUCACAGCCAAAAGUAAAGCUUCUCCUGAUGUUAAGUGACAAAAAAGAACAAACAAGCUGACUCUCCCUGCUCUACCUGUUUGUGGUUAAAGAACCGGGGAUGGAGACAUUCCAAACUUUAAACCCCAAUUGUAUAACCAAGCACUGAACCAUGCAGAAUGGUGGAAAUGUUCUUCAUGAAGAAGUCCAAGAGACAUUAACUACCUUGUACAGCGCUUACCUGCAGGUUAUUAUCACAAGUCAUGUCACACAACACACAUGGCAGUCAUGCAAACAUGCAUUUCUUUCCCAGCCUGUAAAAUCUAUGUGAGUGUCACACAAGCAAAAAAGAGCUAUACAUAAUUACACCUAGCUUAUCCCAUUACUUACAGUAGAAGUGCAUGAUCUGCAGGAUUUUGCCUCAAGUGUACAGCGCAGUGAUAUAUAGUCCAGUGAUAGCUGCUCUGUGUGCUCAGCAGGUCGUUCACCAGUUGGAGCAGUGAUCAAGUGCUCAGCUAAGAUGCAAAAAACAAACAAGGAAGCAUCACAUGCAGGCUUUGUCUGUGGAAAAUUUGGGAAGAUGUGAUGUAAGUCCAUAUCAGCAUAUAAGGCUGUGUUUAACUAUGAUAAGUAGUAUGUGGUGAUGUCAAAAUGCGUGCUCCUUGUGAAAUGUGGAUGUGUUUGCCUUAUAAGAUUGAAACGCCUUUAUCAUGCUGUACAAAUGAAUCACCCCAGGUCAUGUGAUUAUUGUCAAUGUAUUUGAUGGUUGUUUUUGUGGUAUUUAAAAAUGUCAGUGGAGCUUUUUUCUCACUUUGUAAUGUACAGUUUGUGAAUAUAUGAAAA